GCUCGCUCAUCAGUGCACCGGCCCCGCUCCCUGAUUGGCGGCCGCUCGUUUCCCCGCCUGGUGGCGGGUCGGGGAGGCUGCAGCAUAACAUCCCAUCCUUCUGGAGGACGUGGAAGGGAAAUGGUUGCCAUGGAGCCAGUUCAGGGGCUAGUGACUUUCAAGGAGGUGGCUGUGUAUUUCACCAAAGAAGAGUGGGCUCUGCUGGACCCUGCUCAGAGAGCCCUCUACAGAGACGUCAUGCAGGAGAACUAUGAGAAUGUGACCUCGUUGGGGUUUCCAGUUUCCAAAUCUGAUGUCAUCUCCCAGCUGGAACGAGGGGAAGAGCCAUGGGCCCCAGAUCUCCAGGGCUCAGAGGAAAGAGAAAUCCUGAGAGGCAGCUGCACAGGUGAUGGGAUUGUGAGUAAGACCAUGGAGCAGAAUCUUCCGCAGGAAGAUGAUGAGCAAGUGGAAUCACAUGGGGUAUUAUUGCAAAGAUGCAAGGGGAGUGUGUCCAGGAGCUGUGAGCAGGGAAAAGCCUUUGAGAGUCAGUACAGGCCAGGGAAGUGGCAGGGAAACCAGCCAAGGCAGAAAGUUGGUAAAUCUGUUAAUUAUCGGGGAACUCACAAAGGCCUCAAGGAAACCACGGCCCAGCAGAGAAUCCUGAUGGGAGAGAGAAAUAACACAUGCAUUGAGUGUGGGAAAAAGCUCAGUAGGCGCUCAAGCCUUAUUAGACAUCUGAGACUCCACGCAGGAGAACGACUCCAUGAAUGCUGUGAGUGCGGGAAAACCUUCACUCAAAGUUCACACUUUAUUAAACAUCAGAGGAGCCACAGGGGGGAGAAACCCUACAAAUGCUGUGAGUGUGGGAAAACCUUCGCUCGGAGCUCAGUCUUUAUUAACCAUCAGAGAAUCCACACAGGGGAGAAACCUUAUAAAUGCUGUCAGUGCGGGAAAACCUUCACACAGAGCUCAAACCUUAUUACACAUCAGAGGAGCCACACAGGGGAGAAACCUUAUGUAUGCUGUGAGUGCGGGAAAACCUUUGCUUGGAACUCAAACCUUACUAGACAUCAAAAGAUCCACACAGGGGAGAAGCCCUGCUGUGAAUGUGGGAAAACCUUCACUAAUAGCUCAACCCUUAUUAAACAUCAGAGAAUCCACACAGGGGAGAAACCCUAUGAAUGCUGUGAGUGCCAGAAAACCUUCACUAAGCCCUCAACCCUUAUUGAACAUCAGAGGAUCCACACCGGGGAGAAACCCUAUGAAUGCUGUGAGUGCGGGAAAACCUUUGCUUGGCGUUCCACCCUUGUUACACAUCAGAGGAUCCACAGAGGGGAGAAACCCUAUGAAUGCUGUGAGUGUGGGAAAACCUUCACUCUGUCUGCAGACCUUAUAAGACAUCAGAGAAUCCACACAGGGGAGAAACCCUAUGAAUGCUGUGAGUGUGGGAAAACCUUCCCUCAGUGCUCAACCCUUACUGAACAUCAGAGGAUCCACACAGGGGAGAAACCCUAUGAAUGCUGUGAGUGCGGGAAAACCUUUGCUUGGAGCUCAAACCUUAUUACACACAGGAGGAUCCACACAGGGGAGAAACCCUAUGAAUGCUGUGAGUGCGGGAAAACCUUCGCUCGGAACUCACACCUUAGUAGACAUCGGAGAAGUCAUACUCAAGAGUGACUGUAUGGAUGCUGUGAGUGCAGGAAAACCUUUGCUCAGAGCUCGAACCUUAUUACACAUCAGAGCAUCCAUACAGUGUGGGAAAUUCUUCUAUCAGAACUCAGCCCUUUUUUAUAAUCAGAGAAGCUGCAAGGGAGAUAAACACUUUAAAACCCUUGUCUAUGGCUAAGGAAAGAUUUUUGUUUUCCUUUUGCUAGUUCCCACAUAGUGAGUUUUAAGGCAGCAUUUGUGGCACUGUGGUAUCUCAGCUCCCCCGUCUGAGUUGUCUGCUUUUCCCUGUUGCAGCUCACCCUUUCUUGGAGUGAAUCCCAGGGCUGGAUUUACACCUUACACACUUCUAGGCACAGCAUCUUCAGUGCCCACCCUGCCUACAGUUGACCUUCAUGUUGCACACAGUUUUAGAGCGGUAAGGCGCCCCUAGAACACUGGAGCCCCUAGGUAUACUCCUUCUGUGCCUAAUUGGAAAUCCGGCCCUGGUGAAUCCCACAGUAUUUUUAAUCAACUCCUUUGUCCUGUGUCAUGGAAGUGUGUUUUCCUCCAACAUGAAUGUCCAUCAGCCCCAGGUGGGGGAACCAGGAAUGACCUCUACCAGGUACCUGGAGGUUAAAUCUACCUGCGCCUUGACUCCACUAGGUUUUCCAUGGAGUUAGCUAGAUUAAGUUAGUGAUCCUGAUGUAAAACCACAACUAUUUUUUCAGUAAAGAAAAUAGCCCAUGUAUAACAGUCAGGGUAAUGUAGCAAAUUCCUCACAAUCUGACACAACCUCCAUCACUUCUCCUAGUCUAACCAAAUUAAGAACAUCACAUUUAUACUUUUCCUCCCACUGCAAAGUGAUUGUUAGUCACCAGGUUCCCCACUAGGGACAAAUUGUCUCAUUCCCAGGUUUUCUCACAUUGCACUGGUUUGUGCUGAACAGCAGUUGGGUUUUAUACCAUUUUUCUCAUUUUAAAUAUAUUUAAAUAUAACAAAGACAAGGAGUAGGGAUAGGGGGAAGUGUUUUUUCAGCUUCUGUGAUACCUGAAGAAGUGGUGAGUUAGAGGGAGUCCGACCUUCCAAAUUAGCCCAGCAACAUUUCCAUUGUUUGAGCCAUGUAGAAUUUAUCUUCUGCACCUCUUCUACUUAAUGUGUCAUAUGAUUCAGGGUUCUCAGCCCUCUGCUUGGGGAUCACACUUUGUUUUCUUUGAUCCCAAAACAGUAAUUUAGGGCCUGAGAUGAAAGUGUCACAGAGCUGGAAGGGGAAUUUGAAUGGCUCUCAAACACAGUGAGAUCAUUUGUUGUUUAAAUCCCAGUUUCCAACUGUUGGCAAAGCAUGUUAGAAUCAUAGAACUGGAAGGGACCUCGAGAGGUCAUCUAGUCCAGUCCCCUGCAUUCAAGGCAGGACUAAGUAUUAUCUAGACCAUCCCUGACAGGUGUUUGUCCAAUCUGCUCUUAAAAAUCCCCAAUGAUGGAGAUUCCAUAACCUCCCUAGGCAGUUUAUUCCAGUGCUUAACCACUCUGACAGUUAGGAAGUUUUUCCCAAUAUCCAACCUAAACCACCCUUGCUGCAAUUUAAACCCAUUGCUUCUUGCCCUGUCCUCAGAGGUUAAGAAGAACAAUUUUUCUCCGUCCUCCUUGUAACAACCUUUUAUGUAUUUGAAAACUGUUAUCAUGUCCCCUCUCAGUCUUCUCUUCUCCAGACUAAACAAACCCAUUUUUUUCAAUCUUCCAUCAUAGAUCAUGUUUUCUAGAUCUUUAAUCAUUUUUGUUGCUCUUCUCUGGACUUUCUCCAGUUUGUCCACAUCUUUCCUGAAAUGUGGUGCCCAGAACUGGACACAAUACUCCAGUUGAGGCCUAAUCAGCACAGAGUAGAAGGAAGAAUUACUUCUCAUGUCUUGCUUACAAUACCCCUGCUACUACAUCCCAGAAUAAUGUUUGCUUUUUUUGCAACAGUGUUACACUGUUGAAUCAUAUUUAGCUUGUGAUCCACUAUGACCCCCAGAUCCCUUUCCACAGUAGUCCUUCCUAGGCAGUCAUUUCCCGUUUUGUAUGUGUACAGCUGAUUGUUCCUUCCUAAGUGGAGUACUCUGUAUUUGUCCUUAUUGAAUUUCAUCCUAUUUACUUCACACCAUUUCUCCAGUAUGUCCAGAUCAUUUUGAAUUAUAAUCUAGUUCCUCCAAAGCACGUGCAACCCCUCCCAGUUUGGUAUUAUCCGCAAACUUUAUAAGUGUACUCUCUAUGCCAUUAUCUAAAUAAUUGAUGAAGAUAUUGAACUGAUCCCUGGGGGACCACACUCAUUAUGCAAUUCCAGCAUAACUGUGAACUACUGAUAACUACUCUCUGGGAACGAUUUUCCAACCUUAUGCACCCACCUUAUAGUAGCUCCAUCGAGGUUGUAUUUCCCUAGUUUGUUUAUGAGAAGGUCAUGUGAUACAGGAUCAAAAGCGUUACUAAAGUCAAGAUAUACCACAUCUACUGCUUCCUCCCUUUCCACAUGGCUUGUUACCCUGUCAAAGAAAGCUAUCAGCUUGGUUUGACACAAUUUGUUCUUGACAAAUCCAUGCUGAUGGUUACUUAUCACCUCAUUAUCUUCUAGGUGUUUUCAAAUUGAUUUCUUAAUUAUUUGCUGUAUCAUCUUUCCAGGUACAGAAGUUAAGCUGACUGGUCUGUAAUUCCCCGGGUUGUCCUUAUUUCCCUUUUUAUAGAUGGGAAAUAUAUUUGCCCUUUUCCAGUCUUCUGGAAUGUCUCCCGUGUUCCAUGACUUUUCAAAGACAAUUGCUAAUGGCUCAGAUAUCUCCCCAGUCAGUUCCUUGAGUAUUCUAGGAUGCAUGUCAUCAGGCCCUGGUGAUAUGAAGACAUCUAACUUGUCUAAGUAAUUUUUCACUUCUUCUUUCCCUAUUUUAGGCUCUGAUCCUACCUCAUUUUCACUGGCAUUCACUAUGUUAGAUGUCCAAUCACCACCAACCUGUUGUAGGACUUUUCCUACUGAGAUGGGAUUGUUUGCAGAUGGGAAGGUUGGCUGGGUUUUUGUUUGUUUGUUUCCACAUUACUAUGGUGCUAGAACUUUUGUAAAUAAUAAGGCUCAGUAGUGAAGCGGAUUUGAAUGGAUCAGAGGAGAAUGCAAUGGGAGAAUCUCUUGUCCUGAUUCUGAGUCAUCACAUUUAACCUGCUCUGGCAUUUCUAGUUAUAUGAAAAUGGAUGUAUCUUAUACCUCUCUGUUGUUACCCCAAAAUUUGGACCCAAGGCACCCCAGUAAUGGCUUUCCUAUAACUGUAAACCAUUUGUCAAUUUGGCUCAUCUCAAUGCGUAACAGGAGGUGGCCUGCCUUAGAGGAAUUGCGUGGGUUUUACCAGGGAGUUUGUCUCUGAUCCUCUGAGGACUCCCCAGAAAAGACUAGUUCUGUUAACCCAUGAGAGGACACGGAUGUAGCCUUCCACUCAAAGGACUGAUGUUCAAGCAGUAAUUCUUUGAAAACAAAGUAACAUUUAUUUAAAGGAAAUAUUCAGUUACCAUACAUUUAAUAGUUCUAAGAAAGAACGCACUGUGAUACAUAACACAUAGCCCAUAGUACAGUGGCAUUGCAUUUAGAAAUCAUAUAGUAAGGUGACGCAAUAGACUACACAAACCACAUAGCAGAUACAAUGUUGCAAAGCAUGGUACACAUCAACCCCUUAUACAUAUGUAUAAAACAACAUUACAAUAUCUACACAUUGAAUGACCACCAACCAGUCACAACUGUGCUUCUGAUCCCAGCCCUCUUUAUUGCAUUCCAGUUCUCUGACUCCCAAUCAGCACCUAGGUCCAGUACAGUGAGAAGUUAUUUAAAAACUUUUCUCACUAAACAAAAUGUUCUUCUGAACCCCAAAGGGCCAGCACAUUGCCAGGUCAAUAUUAGGUUGGACCUUACGCAAAAUACUACGGUUCCAGUCAGUCCUUUAGUAACCAAAACUAAAGGUUUAUUUUAAAAGAAAUAAAAAGAGAGUUGUUAAAUGUUUAAAGCACUCAGAUACAUACAGUGACUUGAGAGUCCAUGUAUCGGGUUCUUAGGAGUAUUGGUGAGUUGCUGGCUUGAAAGUCCCUCUGGAAGACAUCCACAGCUUGAAUGGUCAUUCAGUCCUUUGUUCAAUGCUUCAGCUUGUAGAGGAGUUGUUCCAGAGGUAGGGAGCAGGACUGAAGACAAAAUGGAGACGAUGCAGUUGCCCUUUAUAUUCCUUUUACCAUGUGGCUUGUACUUCCUGUGUCCCAAACACAAGCUUCUCAGCACAUCACAUGGAAAAGCCUUAGAGUUCUGUCCACCAGCCUGCCCCUACAUACCUUGCUGACUCAUAAGGUGUAUCCUCUGGCUCCUUUCCGUGGGUUCGUUCUACCGCUGAUGACCUUUGAUGGGCCAUUGAACGGGCUAGGCAGUGCUGAUGCCAAUCUGUCUGGGGGUUUCACUCAGAAACACGGCUCAAGUUUGGAAAUACAAAUAUACUAUACAUAUCUAUAACUCACAAUACAAAGGUGAUACAAACAUCAAUAAGAUUAUCAUAUUUGGCAAAUUGUAAUAUUUUUUCAGAUACCUUACAUGGCAUAUCUGGUAAGAUUCCUUGCAAUUUUAUAAUAUUGGUAUCAACAGUAUCAUAAAAUGUCUCCCAUAUUCCAUUCAGCAUCAUACCCCCCCCCAUGCAAAAUUGAUGCAGAAAGUGGUGUCCCUAGACACUGCUGAAUGCAUCAUAGGAAUUUCCCAUUUUUAGUUUUAUAUUACUACAGCUUCUAACCCAAUAUUAGACGUAUCACUGUAUAACAGAAAUGGCUUAUCAAAAUCAUGUGUGACUAAAUCAGGCUCUUUAUAUAAAGCUUCUUUCAUUUUCUGAACAUUUUUCUCCUCUGAUGUUGCUCUAAUGUAGUUGUGAAUGCUCUAAAGUGGAAUUACCUUGGCAUUUAGUUAUGACAGCAAUGUGGUAGUGGGCCUCAUAGAAUAUCAGGGUUGGAAGGGACCUCAGAAGGUCAUCUAGUCCAACCCCCUGCUCGAAGCAGGACCAAGUCCCAGUUAAAUCAUCCCAGCCAGGGCUUGGCCUCAGUUUCCCUCUUCAUCAGCAAAUUAGGUUUGUAAUGGCUUUCCUGCUGUGAAAAGUUCUAAAAUUGCUUACAAGUAUCAGCUGUAACUUUUCACUGUUAUAAGGCUUUCUAGCAUAUAGUGGGUUUUCAUUCAAAGAUACAGCAUGACCAUACGGGCCUUUGAAAUGGUGUGUGUUUUCAGGUACUGUUCCCAAUAUGUUUAAAGGCUUUUCAUCAAGGUCAUACACAUUGUAUCUUCAUAUGAGGGUUCACAUCAAAAUCAAAUUCAUCAGAAGGCUUAACCUUAACAGUAACACCAAAUUUGUUUCAAGUGAGUAGUCAGUGUUUGUAAGUAUCCUGGUCAUAUGAUGCCUUUUGUUUCACUGAAUCCAUUGGGCAGCCAUGUGUGUCCUGUGUACUAAUAGCUAUGGGCAGAUGUGAUGCAUGGCUAGAAAAGGUUAAACAUCCUGCAAAAUAAAUAACCCUCAAAAGACUUGUGGGGAGAUAAUGUUUUUGUUUUUGUGUAUUUACAUAUGUAUGAGAAGGGUCGACAGUGUAAUCAACAGUCCCUGUCUAUGCUGUAUUCUGAUAAUUCAGAGGUCAAAGGAUCAUACUGUCAUUUAAAUGAAUUGUAAACACGGGAUAUCUUGGUAUUCAUCUCUCUUCGAAAUGUACUGUGAAUGGUGGAGAAGCAAGCAAAUGGCCCUAUGUUAAUUGGUAUAGCUAAGUACUGGUGAUGGACCUCGUACAAAGUCAUCCUAAUUACAGUUCGUUCACUGAGGAACUCCAACUUGUGAAAAGAAAUGACAUUGUCUAAAAGAUCCUUGGGUCCUGAUUCUGUCAUCUCAGAUCUGCUUAGGCUUCAUCAGGGGAAGUCUAAGUCGCAAGACUGAGGUGCCAGUUAUGCUGGUACGCCCUGAAUAUGAGAUUUGGACAUAAAACUAUCACCUAUGAACUAUUUUCUGAAAGAACUCUUUGCAACUACAAAGCUCACCAUCUUUUCUAUGAAUCUGAACUUCAAUUAACUGAACUCUAUGUCUGUAUGUAUAUUGAUCUUUUAACUAUUCUCUCUCUCUCUCUCUCUCUCUCAUUUUUUAAUAAAUUUUAGUUUAGUUAAUAAGAA